AUGCCCCCCUGCCUCUUGCCCAGUCGCGCUAGCGAAGGCAGGCAGUCUGGCAGAGAGAGCCGCGGAAGCCGCUCGCCCGCCAGACAGAGCUCGUUCGUCGCUCUAAAUGGGAGGAUUUCUGAGCAAGUUCCGCCCCCCGCAGCCCGCCCCCGGUCCGGAGGCCAGGCGCCGAGCGCGCCCGGCCUUCCUCGCAAGCCCCGCCUGCCCGACAAGCCCCGCCCCGCCGUCUCCCUCGGCCCGCCCCGAUCCCAUUCAGCCCUCAGUCCUCACUCGUUUUCUCGGGUCCCUUCGGAGGCCUUCCCGCCGUUUUACUUGUAUGAGCAGUUUUUCAAUUUCCCCCUCAACGUUGUUGAAUCCAUUGCAGGGAUAGCUGUUAAGUACCUGCCACUUUCUGCCCUCAGGAACUGCAGGACUUCACCACACCACUUUGGCAUAACACCUCCAAGACGAUACCGAAUCCAGCAGGCCCGGUAUUCCCACGUGCUUCCCAAGCUGCGCUGGAAUGGCGGUCAUGGGAAGCGUGUACUGUCUCCUGGUAAUUCCAGAGUGGUGUGCAGGCCUUCGACAGUGAGGAUUGCUCCUCCUGGGAGCAACCUGGCUCGUUUGCCAAUAGCAGCGCAGUUCCCUAAGGCCCCAGACCCGUGGUCAAAGGAGGCUGUUCUGCUUGACCUCCAACGUUGGAAGAGGAGGAGAAGGACAGUGGAGGAGGAGAAAGACCAAACAUCUGCUGCUGGUCAGGAGGAUAAAACAAGGCCUGAGCCUCUGAAGAGUGGCCUCAGUUCCCAGAGCUCAGACAGCGAGUUGCAUGAGAGACCCUCCACCUCUGCUGUGAGCUGCUUGAAGGGCACGUGCACACAUGGCAUCCGUAUGUCCAGCCGCAAUGCCAUUACCAGUUCAUACAGCUCCACUGGAGGCAUCUCUCAGCUCUGGAAGAGGCGGCGUCCCAGUCCCAGUGCCUCAACCUUCUCCAGCCCAGCCUCCUCCCACUCACCGACACCAGAGAGGCCAGCAAAGAAAAUAAGAGAAGAGGACAUUUCUCAGGAAGCUGGCUCUUCCGCUCCGCCGGUAGACAAGGAGUCCCAGGGAGAACAGGAAACGGCCUCGAGCUCCAUCACGGAGAGCCCCCCUGCCACUCCACCGGCUUCUACUCUCGCCGUGCCUGCUGCUGGGACUGCUGCUUCCUCGGCCUCCCCCCCAGCCCCACUGACUAUCCCGCAGUUUCUCCCCAAGUACAUCAUCUUCCUGAAGAACCCAAACCCUCUGGGCCUACCAUCUUUCCCAGCCAGGGUCCCUCCCCGGCCCUCCUCAGACUCCAGGUCCACAGAAACUUUCUCAGGGCUGACCCCUGCCUCUCCCGCAAUACCAGCCUGUGAUGCCACCAAGUCACCUCUGGCCUCUCAGGCUGAGACAUCUGCCAAACCCCAGGCCCCGCCUGCCCCAGGCCCCACCCUGAAGCCCAGUGCCCCACUUAGAACACCGAGCAGCCCACCCGCUAACCCUUCUGCCUGGGCAGCUCCUGCUGUGUCUUCAGCACAUCCCAUGUUCAAGCCCAUCUUUGUGGCUCCACCUAGAAGUGGGAAUGAGGGUCCUGUGCCAUUCAGCCGUUCCCAUGUCGCAACGGUGGCAUCUUCCAGCUCUGUCCCCACCCCGACUACCAGCAGCCUCCCCACUUUCAGUCCUGUUUUUAGCAGCACAGGGCUACCUACAUCUUUGCCCUUGUCAACUCCUUUCUCCUUCAGUCAGAAUACUUCAGGCACUAGCACGAAUGCCCCUCUGUUUCCUGGCCAGGCCAGUGUCAGUGUCCCCUCAGCAGCGGCUUGGGGGACCACCACCGGCACAGCCGCGGACUCCACCCAGAAGCCUGUCUUUGGCUUUGGUGCGAGCAGUGUGACCAGCACUGCGAGCAGCAUGACCAGCUCCACUGCUUCCACUGCCCAGCCUGCUCUCUUUGGUGCCCCUCUUGCCCCUGGGGCCAGCUCUACCCCAGCCAUGGGCUCCAUACUCCAGUUUGGCAAGAUGCCGGCCACAUCUGCUCCAACAACAGCCAUGACAUUCGACCAGUCCCUGCCUGGCGCCGUCCAGACAGCCGCUGGCAGCAGCACCGCCAGUUUCGGUGGCUUCAGUGGCACCCUCACGACCUCCACCCCUGUCGCCCCGCGCCAGCCGGCACUGAUAUUCAGCAGCACUGCCACCCCAGCCUUCAACAUUCCCUUUUGUUCUGGCACCAGGCCCCCCAUUUCUUCCUAUCCCGGAGUCACCCCACAGCCCAUGUUCGGGGCCACUGAUGGACAGCAGUUGGGAGCCGCCAAACCAGCCCUGGCCCCCAGCUUCGGCAGCUCCUUUCCUUUUGGAAGAUCAGCAGCCCUGGCUCCACCGUAGCCAGACUUUGGCAGUGCUGUGUGGUCAGGUUUUCAUGGGUUGAAACCGCAGCCUCUCUUUGGCACCCCCUCCAGCACAAAGCCAGCCUUUGGCAGCACCACAGCUCUUUCCUCCUUUUUUUCAGCCACCACCUCGGGCGUUGGAACUACAACCCAGACCACCAGCAACGGGACCAGUAGCUAAGUGUUUGACAGCACCAUCUCAUCGCCCUUCACGUCUGGUGUGUCAGCAGGCCCCACUGGCAGUGAGGGCUUUGGGAUGAGCAUGGCUGCCUCCCACAGCAGCUCCAACACUGGGGUGUUCAGCUUUGGCGCAGGAUAGAGUGGGAGCACUGGCGGCAGCUCCUUGGGAGGCUUGAGUCAGAAUUCCCUGGGUGCAGCUGGCCAGAGCACACCCUUUCCCUUCCACGUGGCCAGUACGCCUCAGAACACGUCUGUGUUUGCAGGCACAUCCACACCCACUUUUGGUCAGAACACCCCUGCCCCUGUGGUGGGUGCAUCAGGCAUCAGCCUCUCCACUGGGGCAUCCUCAGCAGAUGCCCAGGGCUUUGCUGGACCUGGAACCUUUGUUGUCACUGAUCUUCAAGUUGCAGAGAUAAUUGCCUCAGAAAGUAAGAGACUAUGA